CUCCUGGCUGUGUUCCUUAACUGUAUUUUCUUACCAGAAUGUCCCUCUUCCAGUGGAAAGCCCAACCAUGCAGACAUCCUGCUCAUAAACUUACAGUAUGUUUCAGAAGUGGAAAUAAUUAAUGACCGGACAGAAACUCCUCCUCCCCUAGCUUCACUCAAUGUUAGUAAGCUCGCCAGCAAAGCGCGGACGGAGAAGGAGGAGAAGCUGAGCCAGGCCUAUGCAAUCAGUGCUGGCGUCUCUCUCGAGGGCCAGCAGCUCUUCCAGACCAUCCACAAGACCAUUAAAGACUGUAAAUGGCAAGAAAAGAACAUCGUAGUCAUGGAAGAAGUUGUUAUCACGCCCCCCUAUCAGGUGGAAAACUGUAAAGGCAAAGAGGGGAGCGCACUCAGCCAUGUACGCAAAAUAGUGGAAAAACAUUUUAGAGAUGUGGAAAGCCAAAAGAUCCUGCAGCGCUCACAAGCCCAGCAGUCACAGAAGGAGGCAGCCCUGUCGUCCUGAGGCCACGCGGCGAGGACCUUAGCACCCAGCGCGGCGGUGGCGGCGGCGGCUCGCAGAGGCAGGCCGGGGAGGGAAGGGACCCCAAGUUUCCUGCUGGCUCCCACCCCUAGGGGCCAGCGCGUCCAGUCUUAGACUUGAACAGACAAACGCCCAACAAAAGCGAACAGAGAUAAUUUAAAGUCAGAUCAGUACCUGGCUAACAGACUUGGCCGGCCAUGUCCCUGUCACGCCCUUCUCUGACAGUCACCUUGUUGUUUUUAUUUUUGAAAGCCCCUGCCCGUUCCAGCCGCUCACUCCUUUUCCUGCCCUACUUCCUGCCGUUCUGUUUUAUAAGCGGCUCCAGUCGCCUUCCGAAUGAUUGAAAGAAAGUUUUACAUCUUCUCUUCCAAAAUAAAAGUAACAAGCUAACUGUGACUCUUGAGUUGAGACCAGAGCAGCUGACAAGAGGUCUUGUUUAAAUUCUUUUUCUUAACUUUUUCUUGCUUU